CGCGCACAUGCGCAGUAGGCCGAGCAACGACAACUUCCUGCUAAAUAGUGCUCCCUAACAACAGACAAAGCUUGACACUGUGGAUUCAAUUGAAGACGCUUUAAUUAAAGCGUUUCUCUUUCACUCCUUCAAUGGGUUCGGACACGCUCUCCAGGUGCAGAGAGUAGGCUGUGCGUGCAGACAUGUCCGGUCGCUCAGCUGCAGAGAUGGACGACUCGCAGGAGCUGCCUGAGCUGCCGACAAAGAAGGCGAAGCUUGACAUAGACAGUGGACUGGAGAAAGAGCAAAGUGAUUUAGGUGCUGAUGGGAGUCCAGUGGCUGUACUGGGUCCAUCUGAGCAGGAAAGCUCUUACUCUGCUCUGUCCACAGCCCAGCUUGAUCCAGGUGAUCAGGAGCAGUCAGACGCAGACAGCAGGGCAGCAUCUCAAGCGUGCAGUGACUCCCUGAACUCAUAUGCACAUGCUGCCACAGAUACAACAGCCACGUCUGAAUACACCCAACAGGUUUAUCAAGGAAGCAACCCGGCAGUGACGUCGUACACCAGUCAGGUGGCCUUUCCUCCUCUGGCUCAGUCCACUGUGUACUCCGCCUUCCCCCAGACAGGCCAGACCUACGGCCUCCCGCCUUUCGGUGCUAUGUGGCCAGGCAUUAAAACAGAGACAGGGCUGCCUGAGGCGCCCUCUGGUGGCCAGCCUGGGUUUCUCAGCUUCUGCUCUGCAUAUACCUCAACCCAGCCAGGCCAUCUGCACUACUCAUACCCCAGCCAAGGCUCGAGCUUCACAACAUCCAGUGUGUACUCCAGCAUCCUUUCAGCUGCAGCUCCCACAACCACCACUACCACCUCCUCCACCACAGCGGUCCACCAGGAAUUUAGCAGCUACAACUCUCUGGCACAGAAUCAGUUCUCUCAGUACUACGCUCUGCCUCCCAGCUAUGUGCCUGCCGGGCUACCCAGCAGCGACGACCAAGGUGCCGGUGUGGGAGCGGCCGGAUAUUCAGCUGUGAAGUCUGAGCAGGCUGCCUCAGCUGGACUGCCCCCCAGAGACGCGUCCCCACCAGAGAGCCUCCCGGCAGGUGCGUCCCUUCCUGCCAGUGUGGCUCUCCCCGCUGGAGCCAGAGAUCAGGAUGAGGUUGGACGCAGGAACUCUGUUGGAAAAGCCAAAGGGAAGGGCAAGAAGCCUGAUAACUCUCCACCUACUGAGAGCGACCUGGAGCGUAUCUUUCUGUGGGAUCUAGAUGAAACCAUUAUCAUAUUCCACUCACUGCUCACCGGCUCCUACGCUCAGAAGUUUGGAAAGGACCCGGCAGCGGUGCUGAACUUGGGCUUGCAGAUGGAGGAGCUGAUCUUUGAGCUGGCAGACACGCACCUUUUCUUCAAUGACCUGGAGGAGUGUGAUCAAGUCCAUGUUGAAGAUGUCGCCUCUGAUGACAACGGACAAGAACUGAGUAACUACAACUUCUUGGCGGAUGGCUUUAACGGCCCAAGUGGUGGAGGGGCGUCCGGGACCACCACCGGAGUCCAGGGAGGGGUGGAGUGGAUGAGGAAACUGGCCUUUCGCUACCGCCGGCUAAAAGAGAUCUACAAUAGCUACAAAGGGAACGUUGGAGGCCUGUUGAGUCCGAUGAAGAGGGAUCUUCUUCUUCGGCUUCAGUCUGAGAUCGAGAACGUCACAGACGCCUGGCUCAGCACGGCGCUCAAGUCUCUGCUGCUCAUCCAGUCCAGGGGGAAGUGUAUGAAUGUGUUGGUCACCACCACUCAGCUGGUUCCAGCUCUGGCCAAAGUGCUGCUGUACGGCCUGGGAGACGUCUUCCCCAUCGAGAACAUCUACAGUGCCACAAAAAUAGGCAAAGAGAGUUGCUUUGAGAGGAUCAUCUCUCGCUUUGGGAAGAAAGUGACGUAUGUGGUGAUAGGUGAUGGACGAGAUGAGGAGUUUGCAGCAAAACAGCACAACAUGCCUUUCUGGCGGAUCUCCACUCACGGCGACCUCGUGUCCCUGCACCAAGCGCUGGAACUGGACUUCUUGUAAAGGAGGCGGCGUUGAAAGUCGCACACUAAAGGGAAAAAGUAGUCGUCGUCCUGUUGGUCUGUGGAGUGACAUUGUGUGAUGAAAUCCUCCACAGCCUAAACGAUACACACUAUAACAAACACCUAUCUGCCCUCACUGAUGACUGAAGACUCACUGUGUGAUGUGUGAUGUACUGAGACAGACUUUGGGUCGGAGCUGGCUGUGAGAAACAGACUGGACGCAAACAUUUGCUCAAUUGAGGUUCCUCACGUCCAGCGCCCCGUCCUCUACGGCAGCUAACUCAACACAGCUGAAACUGGCACUGAUCUGGACACAGAAGGAAAGACAUCCAUUUAUUUUUCUCCUCUUCAUUAAUUUCCUUGUUAAGUAUCAAAACCUCCUGCAGUAAAACAAUCCCCCUACUUUUCAUUUCUCUUUGUGGAUUCAAACAACCAAAGGGCCUUUUGUUUGUUUGUUUGUUUGUUUGUUUAUUGUUUUCAUCUUUUUGGGUUGUUGCAGCUUUUUAUUUAGGCUCUGUCUAAGUCACAGAAUAAUAUCAAAGCUAGUUUGCCUCUUUCUGGGUUGUUUUGCACUCAUUCAGCGACUUGAAAGCAUCAUUUUGCAGUCUCCCUCACAAACCAAGUUACUCACAGUCAUCAACUAUCAAAUGAUCCCAUUCUUAUUUUUUUAUUUGCCUCCCGUGUAGCCAUUCAGCUAUUUAACCUAAAGGUACUAAAUGUGGUCAAACAUAGAACUCGGUCUCGACUUCCCGUCCUGAUCUGACCAAACACCACAGCCUCAGUCAGCUGUCCUGACCGACCGCUCCACUGUUGUAACAGCAGAAGCGUGGUCCUCUUAGACAGUAUGUGUGGUGUCAUCUGUGGUCAGUGGGUCUAACUUCUGACAAACCUGAACUGUAUGACUGUCUGUCAUAUGAAAGGUAGAAGGCAAAGCAUAACGUCUAGUGUAUAAAUACUGGAAUUUCCGACUUCAAUACAAACAUUUUAGAUUCUUAUGAAAGGAUAAAUAUAACAAGGCUUUGAGUGUACAGUAGUGGAUGAAAAUGUACAUUAACAUUUUCUAUUUAUGUUUCUUUUCUGGAAAUGCGGUAAAAACUUUUGCCUUACACUCGGACAGAAACCUGACCACAGAUAACAGCUCAGGAUGUAGGAUCUGAAUUGGCUUUUGAAUGGAAACUGCAAGUUUUGAACCAACAGCAGCUCCCGAGAGCUCCGCUUCACCUGCAGGAUGUGGCUCCUUUUGUAGGAUUACAGGGGACCCAUUGUCUCUUAAUCCGUCCAUGCUCACACCUCUCAGCCUCUGACUCAGCUAACACAUUGUCAGGAGCAUCAUUGUUCACUCAAGAGGUUACGUUUUAAGGUUUGCUGUUCUUUUUUUCUUUUUUCUUUUUUUUUUUUGUGAUUUGCUUGACAGUUGUAGCAUCUCAGCACAAUGGUCACCAGCACAGGUUUAGUCUGUGGGACUGUUGAACCGUAGGGGUGAAAAAAAAAAAAGAAAAUGACAUAUUUAGCCUGUAGAAUUACAUUUUAUCACUUGUACAUGUUGUCAUGGUUGUGUUAGAAAAUCAGAAUUUCUUGUGAAAAUGGUUGUUUACCAAAGACAUUACUCAACAUGUUUCCUCAGUUGCUUCGUUUUUUUCAAGUUCUGUUUGAUUUAGCGGACGUUCGUUGUAUCAGUUAGUUUAAAACUAGAGCUGCAAAUAACAUUUUUUGUCAUUAUUAUAUCAUUUACAAUUUGCAGUGAAUAAGUCAAUCAAAAAUAAUCGUCUUUAAACUGUAAAGACUUUGCUGUUCAGGCUUCUUUAAUGAAGGAUUUGCUGUUAAUUUGGUUUUAUAUGAUUUACAUAUGUUCUGAGUAUUUUUGCUGAGGCUGUUGGUCAAAACAAGCAUUUUGAAGAUGUCACUUUGUGUGCAUCUUGUGUUUUUUACUUCCUAUUAAAUUAAUCUGUGGUGAAAACAGACAAAAUUAGGGCUGCAACUAACAUCUAUUAAUGUCCAGAUAUAGUUAAAAUGCACAUCACUUUUUUCAGAGUCCCAAGAGACUUCCUUAAAAUCUGAACAAUAGUCCAGAAUCCAAAUAUAUUCCUCUAAAUUUCAUAAAGGAAUUAGAUAAAACAGCCAAUACUGACGUCAAAAUGCGUGAUUUUUUUUGUGUGUGUGUGUGUGUGCUUCAAACAGUUAAUCGUUUAAUCACCUCAUAGUUGCGUCAGACGACUACACCCACAGAAUGACUUCAUCACUCAGCCACAUGACGGCCCCCUGACUUUUUUUCACAAACGUAACGAGAGAAAACGAAACAAAAGUACGAUGACUGUGCAAUACAUUUCUACUCUGCUCAUUAACUGUAAAUCAAGGGAUUUAAAGAAGCAGGGAGGGGUCCACUCUCCCCCGGUCUGUAUGAGAUUACGAGUGAACAAUACUGAGCCUGAAGAAGAUUUCGUAUGUACACACAUGCAGCUUGACCGUUAAGAAUGUGUAUUUCUGUGUGUAUUUGUUUUUUUUUGUCUUGCGUGACUGUGCAUAUUUAUAUUGUGCCUUUAACCAUCAUCUGUCUGCAUAAUCUCAAAGGGAAAUGUGUCUUUUUUGUUUGAUACAUUUAUCACUGCAUUGUUAUAUUAUCCAAAGUGUUAUCUUACUUUUUAUUAUUUUUUUUUUUUUAAAUUCAAUCCUUUUUUUAAGUUCUGGUGAGACUUUUUUUUUGUUUGUUUCUAGAUUUGAUUGUCCUGUCUGCACUGUAUUUGAAAGGUCUCCUUCUAGAAAACUAUAUAUCCAUUUGUUGGGGGAGGCGAUGUCUGUGUAGAAUGCUCAGUUUGUAAAGACAGUUUUAGUGAAGGGCUUCAAACGGCUAACAGCUGACUUUGCUUUCAGAGUGACGACACAUUCUCGUUUUUCAUAAAUGUACUUGUGAAAAUAUCACUUCUACGUCCGCUUCAUAUUAGAUUUUCUUGCCUCCUUUUGGAAAGGAGAUUGCAUUUAUUUUGUUGCUGUGAAGCGCUUAGCACCGCUUAGAGACAAUCACAAACUAAAACGCGUAGUAUUGUUAACACAAAGAAGCUUGUUAAACAAGGUGUGCUUUCGAUAGUUCAGUGUCGUACUACCUAAGUGAGUCUAAGAGCAAUGAGACAUGUUAGACAAAAUUGAGAAUCCAUAUGCAAUCUUUGCUUUUUUUUCCUGCUUUUUGAAUGUGUUUUCUGUUUAUUUUUACCUCGUCUGCAUGUCAUGUCUGUUUUGAAGUAUACCAUUGCUGUUUAAAAAAAGGAAAAAAAAAAUGACCAUGCAAUGUUUAAGAGGCUAUACUCUCCUUUGUGUCCUCUUUUUUUUCUUUUCAAUGCCAAAUACUGUUGUUAUUUUUAACGCUGUUUAUUUUUUUAUGUAUCUCAUCUCAUCUUCAAGGACCUGUGAGGCCACGUAGGGUCAUGUAGAGAGCCUGAAUGUGAUCCUGUAAACCGAACACUAUCAUUAUAAUCGAUGCUAAUUUAAGUCCAGUAAUCACUAUUUUCCUUACAGUAGCUGUUCGGUACCUCGGCGCAGUCUUGUAAGGUUUUCCUGUGUACCUAAGACACUCAAUACGGUGUAAAUAAAUGUAAAACAAG